GGGCAGCAGGUGAGAGAGGGCGUCAAUGGAAGAGAGGGAAGUGCCGACCGCGCACGCACACGCAGCGUGGGAGGACGACGCACACCCGGGAUCCUCGGCAGAAUAUAUCCCCUUUUCUUUUUCUUUUUGUCGCCCCACGUGUAAAGUCGCACCGUUUGGACCUUUUGUUUGUGAGUCGUGUCGGAGCCGAGCCUCGGUCUCCUGAAAGGCGGAUGACUUCGGGCUCGUCUUCGCGCCUCCACAGCAGAAUGGGAGUUCAGUUAUCGACCUCGGAGCGGAUCGACGUGUGGAUCUUUUUGCCGGUACAAUGACCUGAGUGUGCGCGCGGCUGGGAUUAAUUGUUUCUUUUGGAUUGCACUUCAAACACAAACGGUUGAGUUCAAAGUGACACUUGAUGACAUUUCGACAUUCCACGCACUGGCAGCUGCUCCUUUUUAUUCGAGUGGUUUGACGCACGGAUCGGCGCAUCCACUUCUAUUUAUUUUGUAUUAUUAUUUUAUUUUUUUCCCACCAAGACUCCAAACCUGAAAAAAAAAACUGACAACAUCAACCUAAGUUUUCAUCAUAUUGGGAUAUAAAUAGUGAGCACUGGAAUUAUUGCUUCUGCAGAAAGUGGAUUACAUCUUCCAGUUCUUUGUUUGGCAUCACAAUGAAACUGGGAUUGGGCUGUGUGUAUCGGCCGGUCCGCUGGCCCGUAGGCACCGUACUGGACUCCAGACACUGCGUCUUUGCGCUCACACUCCUCACACUCAUAAUGCAGGUGGUGGUGGAGGCCAACUCAUGGUGGUCUUUAGCCAUGAACCCGCUUCUGAUCCCGGAGGCCUACAUUAUUGGGGCUCAGCCUCUGUGCAGCCAGCUGGCGGGCCUCUCGCAGGGUCAGAAGAAGCUGUGCCAGCUCUACCAAGACCACAUGCAGUACAUUGGCGAAGGGGCCAAGACGGGCAUCAGAGAAUGCCAGUAUCAGUUCAGGCAUCGGCGCUGGAACUGCAGCACAGUAGACAACUCCUCUGUUUUUGGAAGGGUCAUGCAAAUAGGCAGUCGAGAGACAGCUUUCACCUACGCCAUAAGUGCGGCAGGGGUCGUGAACGCAGUGAGCCGUGCCUGCAGAGAGGGGGAGCUGUCCAGCUGUGGUUGCAGCCGCGCCGCUCGCCCUAAAGACCUGCCACGAGAUUGGCUGUGGGGUGGCUGCGGUGACAACCUCAACUACGGCUACAGGUUCUCAAAGGAGUUUGUGGAUGCACGUGAAAGAGAGAAAAGCUAUCCUAAAGGCUCGCAAGAAAGUGCACGACUUAUGAUGAAUCUUCACAAUAACGAGGCCGGAAGAAGGACGGUGUCGGACCUUGCCCACGUGUCCUGCAAGUGCCAUGGGGUGUCAGGCUCAUGCAGCCUCAAAACCUGCUGGCUGCAGCUGGCGGACUUUCGCAAGGUGGGUGAUGCGCUCAAAGAGAAGUACGAUAGCGCUGCAGCCAUGAAGCUCAACUCGCGUGGAAAGCUGGUGCAGAUGAACAACAAGUUCAACCCCCCUACAAACCACGACCUGGUGUACAUCGAGUCCAGUCCAGACUACUGCCUGCAGAACCAAAGCACCGGCUCCCUGGGCACAGUAGGGCGCCUCUGCAACAAGACGUCGGAGGGUAUGGACGGCUGCGAGCUGAUGUGCUGUGGUCGUGGUUAUGACCAGUUCAAGGCCCAGUUAGUGGAGCGCUGCCACUGCAAAUUCCACUGGUGCUGCUAUGUCAAGUGCAAGCGCUGCACCAAAAUCGUAGACCAAUUUGUCUGCAAGUGAGACUAGAUAAAUAUUGAAGAUGAUGGCCGUGCACCAGUGUGAGCGGAGAAGUCGAAGACAGAAUGGAAGAGAUAAACUAUAUGAAUUAUAUUUAUAGAGUUAAACAAUUAUGCCAUUGCAAAAAGACUUGACUUUUUUCCCCCAAAAAUCGUAUGUCUUCAGAAACUGAGAGUAUUGUGAAAUAUUUAUUUCGAGAUUGAUAUGUUUUUAUUUUGGCCCAGCUGAUUUUUAACCCUUGCAAGUGCCUAAAAUGGCUAAAAACACUCUCCCAACCCAACCUGACCUCACUUUCUUGAUGUCCUCCAAACGUUGCUCCUUUUCUCAGAUUUCUCUUAUUGAAUAGCAAAAAUUGGACUGCACUUCCCCUUUUCUAAGAAAAAGUAGUGUGUGACACUUGAGGCUCAGUUGGCUUCGAGAUCCAGGUUUGUUGUAUGACUGUGAUGACAGCAGAAUGCCUGUGUGUAGUGUAUGGAUGCAUGUGUUUUCAUGAACUCCUUUCCAAACCGGCUUUCCCAUCCCUCCCAAUCCUGACUUGUCCCCUCUCACCUCAUGGAGCUUGAGGGAUCUUGUUGGUUUGAAUGACUCCAUGGGGAAAAAUGUGUUCAGUCAGAGUGUUUUGGGAUUGAGCCAUUUUAUUAAUCUGUCCCAGAAGACUUCCCAAUCCACAGGUGCUGCAAGAAGCCCUCCACCAUUAUGCACUUUGAUAGAGGCUUAAACCUGUCUGUCUCUUAAGCUGUUUCUUAUUGCAUUGCAUCAGUUAAUAUAGCAAUAUUAUAGCCAACACUGUUUUCCAUAUAAAUUCAGAAUAUUCAUUUACCAUAUUCUACGAUACAUAACCUGGUUUGAUUAUAUAUGGGCAAUGUUUUGAUUAUAUUGGUGAAACAGUCAGUUUUUAUGUAUAUAGUAUGUCUAUUCAACCAAUCAGUAAACUGUAUUUAUUUUCUUUAACCAGAUUCUCAAUUUUAGCAGCAAAACAUGGCUCAUUGCUUAGUUGGUCAUCCUAUGUGUUGUCACUUUUUAAAACGUCUCACUCAAUCAUGCGGCUCUUCACGGUUUAUGUAAAGGGAAAAGCACCUUAUUGUUUGUCAAAUCCACCCAUGUUCAGUGUUACUGUUACACACAUCAAACAUGCUGGAUGUUCCAAUUCUGCAAUGGUGACACAUUUUCAAUACCACUCAGUUGACAACUCUCCACCAGUCCAACUUUGUAUAUUUAUAAGCUGCCUCCAACAAUUUGAGGUUUGUUAAACUCGAUGUGUAAAAGCAAAUAUUUUAUUACUUUUUACAAAUUGGCUCAACGCUCUACUUUCUUUCAAUAAAUACAUAAAACCAGA